CUCCAGGUAUCCUCCACACACAGUAGUGUAUUGUAAACCGCACACUGUUCACCUUGCGUCGUUGGGAUUGGGAUAACCCAACGGGUUAGUCGCCAGUUGAAAAUAGUAGCAAACAAACCACGGUCCGGGUCGUGCACAUCUUUAUCACACCCACUUGUUGUAGCGUAACCUUCGUCGCAGUUGCCGUUCUUGUCGCGAUCGGGAAAGUGCGGGUGCUGUCGACUGCAUACAGAACUGCGAUCCGGUGGAAAGUGAGACUCCCAGAGUAAAGAAAAUAAUUAACUAACUAAGUGGUGGGAUCUUUUGCAAGAACCAUUCGUAAAGUGUAUUGUUCCUAAACUCGUAUUGAGUGUUAUACAAUCAACGGCGAAAAGCUGAAAACCGAUGUGGAGUGUUAUUGUAGCCACAACAGUACACUAGUGGGUGAAGUGUUCACUUUCACGGAGAUUGGAUUUUAGGAAAACCCAAAUCCAAAUUCAUCAAGAAUGUACCAAACAAGGUUCCAAUCUCGACAUAUAGACACAUGCAUCGCGUUACCACUUUUCCUGUUAGUGAUAGGCACCUGCAUUGGGCACGUGGCAACCGAUGUAUGUGGCAGCACGAAAAGCGAUCGUCAUCGGACGCUUAUGGAAAAGUACCGUAGUUCUCCCAACUGGAACGGGAUUCUAACGGAGGACGUACUAAAUCUGAAGGAGAACCAAACGGAAAUCAAUCUCUCCCAACAAGGAUUUAGUGAAGUGCAUUGGCAUCUGAGCAGUAUUGUCGGCGAAGGAUACGAUGUGUACGAACUGGAUAUGUCCUAUAAUAACCUCGAUACGAUCAAUGAACUGACGUUUCUUAAAUUUUAUUCACUGGAAAUGUUGAACCUGUCCUAUAAUCGCAUCACAACGAUACAUAAUUUAACCUUCGGUUCUUUGAUUCGAUUAAUGGAUUUGGAUUUGUCCUUCAAUUUAAUCCAUUCGAUCGAGCUAGAAGCAUUCAACCGUCUGUACGGAUUGGAAUCACUUAAUUUACGAGAGAACUGUCUAAUUACAUUGAACGAGCAUCAGUUUCAUUUCAAUGAUCAUCUGUCAUCGAUCCAUCUGGACAACAAUCAGCUACUUUAUAUUCCGUCCAGCCUCUUCGAUGCUCUCGCUAUGGUGGAAGAACUGUUCGAAUUGGAUCUGUCGUUCAAUCAACUUCGUCGGAUGCCCUAUAUCGAAGCGAAGGAAAUCGGUCUACUGAAGAUUGAUAACAACCAAAUUAGAAUCCUGUCUGUAAACCGUACAUACAAUUUACGAGCGUUGGAAGCACAUCACAACCAAAUCCAGGAUGCGGACCUAUUUCAGUUUAGUUCUGCUCAGCAUGUUGAUCUAUCACACAACUAUUUGGAUAACAUUGUUGGUUUACACGAAAUGAAUCAAUUGGAAUACUUGGACAUAUCAUCUAACAACGUUUCGAAAUUCGACUACAAUCUAAAAUAUUCCAUUCGGAACAUUCCAACGUUAACAACGCUGCGAUUGCAAAAUUGCAGUCUCACUGAAGACAACAUGGACGGUCUGCUUGCUUCGGAUUCGUUGCUGAAUCUAGAUCUGUCGCAGAAUGGUUUUGUUCACCUGAACAUAAGCCACCUAUCCAAACUGAAAUCACUUCAAUACGUGAGUUUGAACUUCAACUUCCUGCAGGAAUUGAUCGACUACGAACAUAUGGCGACACAUUUCCCCUAUCUGGAAAUGAUAUCUCUCUCGUUCAAUCGCUGGAACUGUUCCUACUUCGAUAAACUGUUAGCCUAUUUGAACCAGACCCGCAUCCACACGACAACCGAUCCGCGAGACUGCUACAUCAACGGCAGCCACGUGGCCGAUUCCGCCGUGCAGGAAACGUUCGACCCGGACUACACACUGAACCAUGUCAGGCGAGAUCUGAAUGUGGUUAAAAAUUUGGGCCGCAGUAUGACCUACUUCAUGUACGCCCUGUACUACAACAUGCGCGGCCUGAAUAAUCACACUCAAUUCCUGCUGGAGCUGAGCGGCCGCAAGAUGCAAGGAAUGGAAACCGAACUGAGCCACCUGAUCGGGAUGGUUGGCUUCCUGGUGGGAAUACUGUGCAUCAUUCUGGUGCUGGCAGUUGGAUACUGUGUGCGGAACUUGUGGAGAAAAUGGCGACUGGACAGAUCGGUUAAGGUUGUUGCCUACAGUAACAAGCGAAAUAACGAAUUUAGUAACGGCGUUGCCGUCAACGAGGUUAUACGUGAUAAUAUUUGAAGGAGUGAGCAGCCCCCCAUUCUAUGCUUUGAGGGUGCCAUAGAGCUGUUACCAAAAUGUGAACAAUCCCUAAGUUUACGUGAUAUUGUAAAUUGGAAUAAAUAUUGAUUGA